AGAGAGAGAGAGAGAGUUCAGCGAGUGCCCCAGCUGCUCUGUUGCGCCCGCGUUGGGACCAGUCCGGCUCCGCUCUCCGGGAUGGCGGCCAUCAAAGCUCUGCAGCAGUGGUGCCGGGUCCGGUGUGAGGGCUACCGGGACGUGUCCAUCACGAACAUGACCACGUCGUUCAGAGACGGCCUGGCUUUCUGCGCCCUCAUCCAUAAACACAGACCCGAUCUCAUAAAUUUUGACUCUCUGCAGAAGGAAAAUGUCUACGAGAACAACAAGCUGGCUUUUAGGGUUGCAGAGCAGGAGCUGGGAAUUCCUGCACUUUUGGAUGCAGAGGACAUGGUGGCUCUUAAGAUUCCUGACCGUCUCAGCAUUCUGACCUAUGUCUCGCAGUAUUACAACUACUUCCACGGACGCUCCCCCAUCGGUGGUAUGGGAGGUAUAAAGCGUCCAGCCGAAGGCCCCGUCAAUGAGCCCUCUGGGAAGAAAAACCAGCCUGUGGUGUCAAAGGUGUUUCCUGCUGCCAGGCCAGCGGGAAAGAGUAGCCCUCCUCCUUCCCCCAGGAUCACAAAGCCCUUACCGUCACCAAAACAGAGCAGGAAUCCAACACAGGAUGCUCAGGUUGAGAAAUCCCACCAGACGGGGACUCUGAGUAACAAAUGUGCGCACUGUAACAAACACGUCCACCUGGUGCAGCGACAUCUGCUGGAGGGGAAGCUCUAUCACAGGAACUGUGCAAAGUUGCUACCGACAAACGCGAGCUCACCACUUCGGGAUUUAACCACAAACACCCAUGCAUCCAGAUAUACUCCACAGCCCAGUUCCAGUAAAGCCAACCCGGCGGCUCCAGCUCACUCACCAUCCAAAUUUGGACCCACAUGGCACACGGAGAAACCUAGCGUUCCUCCCAGUGCCUCAAGCCCAUUUUCUCCUUCACCUUCUUCCCGGCCUCUAUCAACUGCUUCUGCUGUGAAAGAGAGUCCGACGGCCUUCGUCUCCAAAUCCACUCCUUCUCCUUCCAUAACCACCACCCCCGUCAGCACCAGGCCGGUCGCCGCCCCUCGCACGUCGACCACUGCGACCAAGACGCAAGAAGCCAAGUUUAAGUUCUUCCAGUCAGAAGGGAAGGAGACGUCGGCCAUUAGCAUGGACGUAAACAAAGGCCAGGGUACGAGUGGUAAAGCACAGGAGGCCAGAGCCGGCCAGGCUGUAACUGUGGUUGUAAAUAUGAAGGAUGUGGAUAAGGGUAAGGAUGCGGCUAAGACGGGUGCGGUGGGCAUGGCUCAGAGGAAACAGGAAAACCAGGACCAGGGUGAUAAGACGAAAGCAUCGGCGGCAGCGUUCAUCUCCAAGAAACUAUCUGAAGAGAACAACAAUAACAACAGCAAGCCGCCAUGGGUGAAUGUGGCUCUCAAGAAAGCUGACAAGCCUCAGUCUCAAGAAGAGACGCCUAAAAAAGAGACGGGAGCAGUCAGAGGUAGAGUGAGGCUGAAAGUAGACCCGUCGAUUCUGGCUGACCUGCAGCCCGUGAAGGCCCGGAGUCCUGCCCGCAGCCCGGUCAGCAGGAAUGGAAACGCAGACAGGACUCCAGAAAGAGGAGGUUUAAGGCCUGGCAGCACAUCGCCCAACACCUCAGUGUCAGAAAACGAGUCUCCAGCAGACUGGAGGUCAAAACUGAAGCCUGUCUCCAAAGACACCAAACCUGUGGGCCCCACACUAUCGCCUUCUAAAUCGAGGCCGAGCGAUACCGGGAAGACUUCGGAGCCCUCCCUUGGGAUUUCCUCGUCUGCCCCUCGUACCCCCAGCCCGAGUAUUUCUGUGACGUCUCUGGCUUCCAAAGGAUUACAGAAUGGCAAGAAAGAGCAAACUGCAAAUGGCACCACGCCAAAGAAUUCUAAGACAAAACCCGACUACAUUCCCAAAGAGGACAUCAUAAGAGAGCUCAACGAGAUUGAAAAUAAUUUAAAUGAGCUGGAAAAGAGGGGUGUCGAGCUGGAGGUGAAGCUGCGCAGCAGUGAGGAAGAUGGUGACGAUGAUACGCUCAUGGAUGAGCUCAUGGUUGAGUGGUUCAACUUGAUCAGGAAUAAGCAGGUGGCCAUGCGCCGGGAGUCUGAGCUGGUGUAUAUUGGAAGGACUCAGGACCUGGAGGAAGAGCAGCCCAGUGUGGAGCAGGAGCUCAGGAGGCUGAUGGAGAAGCCGGAUCAUUUGAAAACGAGCUGGGAUAGGAAGAGAGAGGAACAGCUGAUGGAAAAGCUGGUGGGGAUCGUCAAUGACAGAAACGCUCUCGUUGAGGGUCUGGAUGAGGACAGACUGAGGGAGGAAGAGGAGGAUGAGGAGCUGAACAAGAUGAUGAUGAAUUUCAACAUUAAGAAGGAGAAAACAAAGAAAAAGUCUCCCAUGUCCAAACUGUUCAGCUGGGGAGGCAAGAAGGAGGGAUGA